AAUGUGUUUUUUGUGGAGACCUCGGAGCGAACUGACCCAAGUUACCUGUUCAUGUGCUCUGUGGAGUCAGCAGCCCGCACGCACCCUGGGACAAGGGUCGUGGUGCUCAUGAAAGGCUUGGCAAAAGGGAACUCCUCCUUACCCAACCACUGGGGCUUCUCGUUGCUGAGCUGCUUCCCCAAUGUGGAAAUCCGGCCCCUGGACUUGCCAGAGCUUUUCUCUGGAACACCUCUGGCAAAGUGGUACUUGCAGGCUCAGCAGCGCUGGGAGCCUUAUUUCUUACCCGUCCUGUCUGAUGCCUGCAGAAUUGCCAUCAUGUGGAAAUUUGGUGGCAUCUACCUGGACACAGACUUCAUUGUGCUUAAGAACUUAAAGAACCUCACC